CACACAGCAGAUCGAGCCCAGAACAAAGAUAAAGCCAAACAGAGCAGUUUUUGGGAAAACCCAACAAAGGAUACACGGGACAGAAACCAGCACAGACUGCCAGCAUGAGGGACCAACUGCUCUUGACUACAUUUCUCUGGCUAUUCUGUGGAGCCGAAAUCAUAACGCUGACUGGAAUGUUUGGUGAAAUUCGAACCCCCAAUUUUCCAGACUCCUAUCCUAGUGACACAGAGGUGACCUGGAACAUCUCAGUCCCAGAGGGAUUUAGGAUCAGACUGUACUUUAUUCACUUUGAUCUGGAACCUUCAUACCUUUGCGAGUAUGAUUAUGCCAAGGUGGAGACUGAUGAUCAAGUAAUUGCCACCUUUUGUGGGAAGGAAAGUACAGACACAGAGCAGGCCCCAGGGCAGCAAGUCACAGAGUCUCCUGGUAGCUUUCUCAGCCUCACUUUCAGAUCAGACUUCUCCAACGAGGAGCGCUUCACUGGAUUUGAUGCCCAUUACAGUGCAGUAGAUGUGGAUGAGUGUGCAGAGAAAAGUGACGAAGACUUGGUGUGUGAUCAUUACUGCCACAAUUACAUUGGAGGAUUCUAUUGCUCUUGCCGAUUUGGCUACCUGCUCCACACAGACAACAGGACAUGCAAAGUGGAGUGCAGUGAUAAUCUUUUCACACAAAGGAGUGGCAUCAUAUCCAGUGCAGACUUUCCCAACCCAUAUCCCAAGAGCUCUGAUUGUCUGUACAGGAUUGAACUUGAGGAGGGCUUUGUGAUCAACCUUCACUUUGAUGACAACUUUGAUAUAGAGGACCACCCAGAAGUGUCAUGCCCCUAUGAUUAUAUAAAGAUCAAAGCUGGUAGAAGAGAAUUUGGCCCCCUGUGUGGAGUGAAACCACCUGGAAGAAUAGAAACCGGGAGCAACAGUGUGCAUAUUCUGUUUCACAGUGACAAUUCUGGCGAGAACUCAGGGUGGAGGCUUUCGUACACUGUCACAGGUACUGAGUGUCCAGAUCUCCAGCCUCCUGUGAAUGGGAAAAUAGAACCUGUACAAUCCAAAUACACAUUUAAAGACCAGGUUGUUAUAAGCUGCAAUCCGGGAUACAAUGUACUUAAGGACAACAUGGAGAUGGAAACUUUCCAGAUCGAAUGUAGAAAAGAUGGAACAUGGAGUAACAAAAUACCAAAUUGCAAAAUUGUUGACUGUAAGCCACCAAAGGAACUGGAGAAUGGAUUUGUCACCUUUUCUACAAUACAAAAUCUCACUACCUACCAGUCAACUUUACAGUAUUCUUGUCGAGAACCUUAUUACACAAUGGUACCUAACAUCACAAGUGUAUAUUCCUGUGAUGCAAGUGGAGUGUGGAUUAACAAAGAGAUGGGGGUGAAGCUUCCGACUUGUCAGCCAGUCUGUGGGAUACCACAUUUUUCUAGGUCUUUUCUGGCAAGAAUUUCUCGUGGGAACGCUGCAAAAAGAGGGAUCUCUCCAUGGAUUGCAAUGCUUUCUGACUCUGAAAGUGGACGUCCCUUCUGUGGAGGAUCACUUAUUGGAAAUAAAUGGAUUGUCACUGCUGCUCACUGUCUGCAUGAUGAACUGGACUCAGGGGUGACAGAAUUGCAGUCAUCUCACAUUCGAAAGCACUCCACCUUUAAAAUAAUAUUAGGUAAACACAGAACAUUUCUAAAGGAUGACACUGAACAAAGCUUUCAAAUCAAGAAUGUCUUUAUCCACCCAGACUACAAAGCUCCGACCUUCCAGUAUGACAUUGCACUGGUAGAACUUUCAGAAAAACCCUUUCUCAAUGACUAUGUGACGCCUGUUUGCCUGCCUCUGGAACAAGUACAAACAGGUGAAUUUGUAAUUGUCAGUGGAUGGGGCAAACAGUUCUUAGCAAGGGCACCUGAAGUCCUCAUGGAGAUUGAAAUUCCAGUGGUGGAUGCUGCUGUUUGCAAGGCUGGAUACAAGAAGUUAAAUAGGAUAUUGACUGAGGAUAUGAUAUGUGCAGGAGAAAAAGAAGGUGGCAAGGAUGCCUGUUCUGGUGAUUCUGGAGGUCCAAUGGUCACUCUAAGCCGGCAAAGGAAGCAUUGGUUUUUGGCAGGAACAGUCUCAUGGGGAGUAGGAUGUGGGGAGAAUGACAAGUAUGGGGUUUAUUCUAAUGUCUACAAGAGCCUUGCGUGGAUUAGAGGAAUAACUGAUGUGCAAAAAUAAUGUAGACAUCCACCAAAGCACAGAUAAUCAUCUAUUAAGUUCCAUAUAUCAAGCAAGACACAACCAGAGACAAUGGUGCAAAGAGCAGACAAUUUGUGAUAGAAAAUGUUUAGCUAUUUUGAUGGGAGAUUUUAUUAACUUAUUAAAGGGACAUUAAACACUAAAUAAAUCAUUGCUUGAAUGAUGUAUCCAUAGCAAAGAUUAGCCUGAGAAUAAUUUGUACAUGUAUUUUUCAAUAGUUAUAUUAGUUCUUUAAAUAUUGAAAAAAUAAGGGUAAAGUCUAGUCAAAAACAGACUUUCGUGAUUCAGAUAUGUCAUGUAAUUUUAAACAACUUUCCAAUUAACUUUUAUCAUCACUUUUGCUUUGUUCUCUUGGUUUUCUUAGUUGAAAACUAAACCUAGGAGGCUCAAAUGCAAAUUUCUUAACCCUUGAAGGCCGCCUCUUAUCUGAAUGCAUUUUCAGGGUUUUUUUCACAACUAAAGGGUGUUAGUUCAUGUGUGCCAUAUAGAUAACAUUGUGCACAUGUCCGUGGUUUUACCUAGGAGCCAGAACUGAAAUAAAGGGGCAGUCUGCAGAGGCUUAGAUACAAAGCAAUAACAGAGGUAAAAAGUAUAUUAAUAUAACAUUGUUAGUUAUGCAUAUCGAUUUAUGGGAAUGGUAAUAAAGGGAUUAUCUAUCUUUUUAAAAAUUCUGGUGUAGACUGUCCCUUUAAUGUCCAUAAAGCAGUUGGCACUGUCAUAUUGUAACUUAUGUUACUUUUUUCUGCUGAGGCCGAAUAGGAAUGGUAUAAAUGACUUACUAGAGGGUGCAACCAAUGACUGUGUGGAAUAUAGCUGUGUCUGCACUACCAUGUUUAACUUGAAUUGGAAAACCCAAAAUAUCCAGAAUCAAAUUACAGUAACGAAGAACAAAAUAAACAAUGAAAGUAUAUUACAAAGUUUAAUGUCCCUUUUAAUGUGAUUUCUUGGAAGUUUAGUGAGCAAAUCACUAGGGCCCUCAUUUCAAUGCAUCAGAAUCCCCAUGUAAAGGGAUGGAUUUUAAAUUAGAAGCAUCAUAAACAGCUUUUUGCAAGAUUUUUGUAAUUUCCAAGGUUUACAGCCUUAGACUGUUAAGAGCAGCUUAUCUUUGCUGUUAAAAUGUUUUCAAAUGUUUUACAUUGAAUAAACACAAUUGUUGUUUGAUUUAAUAGA